AUUGAGCCGAGUGCUUAGCUUCUUUAGCUAGAGAUGGGCUCCAACACAGUCAUAAGCUUCUCCCAUGAAAUCCAUGACAAGGAAAUAGCCCGAAGCUCCUCCCUCCCCCAAAGAGUUCUCCAUGGAGAGACAUCUUUUGAAGAGCUUUUCCCUCCUUGCCUUAUUAGAAAGGUGGUGGCGGAGACGAUAGCGACAUUUUUGCUGGUGUUCGCGACGGCCGGAGCCGCAGCGCUGAGCAAGAGCGACCUCACCCGCGUCUCGCAGCUGGGGGCGUCGGUUGCGGGUGGGCUGAUCGUCACCGUGAUGAUUUAUGCGGUUGGCCACAUCUCCGGUGCGCACAUGAACCCCGCUGUCACCCUCGCCUUCGCCGUGUCCCACCAUUUUCCUUGGAUUCAGGUGCCGUUCUACUGGUCGGCUCAGGUCUCAGGCGCCGUGAUCGCGGGUUUUGUCCUGCGAGAGCUGCUCCACCCGAUCGCGAAUCUGGGGACGACAACCCCGUCGGGGACGGUGUGGCAAGCCUUGGUGACUGAGGUGGUUGUCACCUUCAACAUGAUGUUCGUUACAUCCGCCGUCGCGACCGACACCAAAGCAGUGGGAGAGUUGGCAGGGUUGGCAGUUGGCUCCGCAGUUUGCAUAACCUCUAUUUUUGCAGGGCCGGUAUCGGGGGGAUCGAUGAACCCGGCGAGGACGCUAGGUCCGGCGGUCGCGAGCAAGAUCUACGACGGCCUUUGGGUGUAUUUGGUGGGCCCGGUGUUUGGCACAUUGUUGGGUGCAUGGGCUUAUGCUUUUAUACGCGAGACCGGGCAAUCGCCCUGCCCGUCGGCUCAAAAGCUAUCAUCAUUCAAGCUGCGACGCCUGCAGAGUCAGGAUUCUCCUUGCGUCGAUAGUCAUGAGCUGGAAAAUCUCUAAAUGACGCGCUCUAAUCUCAUUGAUUUAUGAGCUUAAUGAUUGGAGAGCGAGCCAGCGUGGUAGAGUUUUCUGCUCCACCCUGGUAGCUUCCGGAGGGUCGUAUACGUUACAAAGAAGACUGACUUCCUAUAAAUCUUCAGCUGAUCCAGCCUGUUCAAAUGGGCUCUUUUUUUUUUCCUGUCCUUUUUUCUGUCGUAAUGCAUGGGAAGCAACCAAUGGGCGAAAAUUGACUCCAAUUACCCUUUGAGAUAGCUGUUGAAAUUGGCUUUGGAGAAUCCGUGCGCUUAGUGUAUGAAAACAAUAAAUACUUUAUCGAUUUUAAGCAAUCUAAAUAUUGUGAUAAAAAUUGGAUAACUUGCUCGGUUUUUACUUUUUUUUUUUUUUUUUUUUUCUAAAAAGCUAGAUUAUUUACCGCCUAUAGUGUGUUCAAACGACAGAUGAUUUACUAUUUUUUUAUUUUUUUUUUCACAACCUAUCUUUAAGGUUUUGAUGAGUCCUAUCUUUAAAGAAAGUUUUUUAAAAUUUUUUGUUGAAAAAGACUUUGAUGAAAUGGAUGCUAGGAAAGAUAGGAAACGAAGGAAAACUUAGAAAGUGGUAAAUAGGAUCUACUAGUCCCUGCGUAUCUUGGGGACAAGUUACUAGAAAAUUAUAUUCUUAACGGCAUCUGAAUGAAUUUUGCGAUCAUCUUUUAUAUAUAAGUUGUAUUAUAUUAUUUAAAUUUUAAGUCAAUUAAAUUUUUGAUAUGAUGAAUAAAUUUUAGAAGUAUAAUUUGAUUGGUUAAGAAUACGAUAGGUGAUGCUGCCCUUCUUGUGAAAUUACCAUAACAACCUUUGAAUCUAUCUCAUCCGUCUUCAACACCUAAUUCUUUUCUGCCACCGAAUGUUGACAAUUUGGUAGCGAAAAUCGAGGGUAUUUACGUAAAUAUACCCAAAAUAUAUUAAAACUGAUUAUUUAUAUUUUUUUAUAACAUUAAUUUAAUUGACGGAUAAAGACUGAAGAGGACAAACCGCGUGGAGACGCGGCGAAGCCGAGCGAGGCCCGUUAAAGACUGGGUUA